UGUCAGCAGACUCACAGCAGAGCUGAAGACACGGCAGUCACUCUGAGCCUGCAGGGAAGGCUACGAGCAGGGAUCUGAAAUCAAGGAUCAGGGAUCAAGGAUCGGGAGUCAGGAUCAGGGAUCAAGGAUCGGGAGACAGGGAUCAGGGAUCAGGGAUCACCGAUGGCCAAAUGGGGCAAAGGAGAUCCCCGGUGGAUCGUGGAGGAGAGGGCUGACGCGACCAACGUCAACAACUGGCACUGGACAGAGCGGGAUGUCUCCUCCUGGUCCUCGGACCGCCUCCGUCAGCUGCUGCUGGAGGUCCGGGUGGAGGGACCGGAGGGGGCGUGUCAGGUGACCGACAUCACCAAGCUGGACGGGGAAGCGUCCAUCAACAACCGCAAAGGAAAACUCUUCUUCUUCUACGAGUGGGUGCUGAAGGCCAGCUGGCUGGGUACGUCCCGUGGACUGAAGUACCGAGGAACUGUUGAUGUGUCCAACCUGUCGGACGAGAACGACGAGGACGACCUGGAUAUCUCUGUGUCUCUGUGUAAGGACCAGCCCAGCACGCCGCUCCUAGACCUCAUGAGGAGGUCUGGGGUUAAGGAGGUCCGCAGGAUUCUGGGCGAGUACGUCCGUCAGCUUAAAUCAGAGUUCAGUCAGGGGAUGAUCCUCCCCACCAGCGAUGGACAGGGGCCCACUGCACCUGCACCAGCGCCCAAGAACCAGGUCAAGACCAGUAAGACUCAGAUUACCUCCGCCCCAAAGUGCUCUUCAAGCCCCGCCCCCUGUCCUACAGGCGUUCGCAUCCCCACCUGCAGCUUUAACCUGAAGGAAACGUUCCAGACUUCUCCUGACGAACUGUAUAGGACUUUCAUCAACCAGGAGUUUGUCCAGGUGUUUACGCGCUCGGCGGCAGCUGUGGACGGUUGCAGAGGGGGACGGUUCCAGCUCCUGGACGGAAGCGUUAGUGGAGAGUUCACACGGCUGGUGCCGGAUCAGAAGAUCGAGAUGAGGUGGCGCUUCAAGACGUGGCCCAGUGAGCACUACGCCACCAUCAGCCUGGCAUUGGAGGACCGAGGCUCGGAGACGGCGCUGGAGAUGGAGUGUCGAGGUGUCCCUGCAGGGGAGGAGGACUCCACCCGGGAGGGCUGGAGCCGCUUCUACUUCCAGGCCAUCAAACAGACAUUUGGGUACUGAGGAACCUGGACCUCAUCUGACCCCGACCCAAGGUCCAAGACCUCACAACGGGGAGCUUUACAGGGACAGCGGACCCAUGUCCACCAGACAGAUUUGGGUCUUGGACGUUGUUAGAACGUGUAACUGUAAGCACGGCUCGGUUUACACCAGAAGAACCGCUGGCGUGUUUUUAGUGUGUCAAUAAAUUACAACCCUCUGUUCUGA